AUGGGCAGCGUCGUCAUAGUCACAGCUCAAGGAUGUAGAUUCCCAAGAAAUAACAUUUCCCUCACAACACCAUGCCCCAUAUUUCCCACACACUAUACCAGACUGCCCACAACACCAUGCCCAUACUUCCCACACAACACCAUGCCCCAUACUUCCCACACAACACCAUGCCAUACUUCCCACACAUAUACCCAGACUGCCACAAACACCCCCCAUACUUACUUCCCAUACUUCCCACACACUAUACCAGACUCCCACAACACAGGACACCAUUACAUUUCCCUACACGACUAUAAUUCCCACAACACCACUGCCCCAUACUUCCCACACACCAUACCAUUAACCACAACACAGGACACCAUACUUUCCCCACAACACCACGCCCCAUACUUCCCACAUACCAUACCAUUAACCAAACACAGGCUACCAUACCUCCCACACCACACCAUGCCCCAUACCUCCCACACAACACCAUGCAAACACCAUGCCCAUACCUCCCACACAACACCAUGCCCAUACUUCCCCCACAACACCAUGCCCAUAUCUUCCCACACACCAUACCAUUACCCACAACACAGGCCACCAUACUUUCCAACACCACACGUCACUCUAAGCACAGCACCUGCCCCGCCACACUACAAGCUACCGCCACCACGCCCCUAA